AUGUCAUUGUAUUUUGAUACCCCAGUACAGUUUAAAGAAAUUGGUGCUAUUACAACCAAUGGUGUUUGGCAUCCAAGCUCACCAUUAUUGGCCGUUGCAAGCUAUUCCCAAGAACGUGGUGGUUUUGUCAGCAUAUUCGAUGAUUUGGGAGAACCGUUAAGAGAUGUUGAGACACCAUGGCAUCCUGUAUCACAAGUAACAGCUCUUGCUUGGCGUCCAGAAAAACCAUUAUUAGCAGCCGGUUGGGAAGAUGGUGCUUUACGAAUUUGGGAUGGAUCUGCCUCUGCAUUUACUACAGUGCCUGCUCCACAUACAUCACCUUUGACUCUUUUAGCGUUCAGCGAAAAAGGCGGUCGAUUAGUAUCCGCAGAUUCGGCUGGUUCAUUAGUCGGAUGGAAAGUCGAUUCCCGCAAUCAGUUAUACACAUCCUUUCAUCACGAUUUAAAAGAAAGUAUUACACACAUUACAUUCCGAUUAACCGUCACAAAUAAUGUACAAAAAGAAAUCAAUAACUUGGCAAAAGCCGCUGUAAAUGGUGAUGAACAAGCUUUGGAUUUAUUCAGUAGUUGGCGACCACGAACAGCAGCUAAUCGAAUUAAUGUUCAUGCAAAUACCAAUGAUAAUCAUUGCUUUUAUAUUGGAACACAAACAGGGGUAGUUUAUUAUGUUAAUCAUUCAGGGAGUUGUAGCGAGGUGUUAAAUACGGAUGGACAACCGUUAAUUAGUAUUAUGUAUCAUCCUAAUAAAGAUGCGUUGAUUAUUAUGAUGGAAGGAUUAAAUAUUGGCCAUUUUGCUGUGGAUUCAAAUGGCCAUUUAACUGAAUUGGUUAAAGUAAAACUAAGUGGAAAGUCACAGGCUUUUCGUGGUGCCAAUAGUCAAGGUUUAGUUUGGGCUGGAUCGGGUCUCUUAGCAAUAUUAACAGGUGACAUGACAGUUCGAAUAUGGGAUAUUGAUAACAGUGACAACUAUAUUUUGUCGACAUCAGAACAUCAUCAUCGAAUAAUUGGUGAAGAUCGCGACAUUAUGGAAAGUGCAAUUUUUACUUGUAUAUCAUACUGUAAAUUAAACAAUAUGUUAUGUGCGGGAACAAAUUUAGGGCAAAUCUAUUUUUGGCAAUACUCUGGUGGAUCACCGAAUGAUAAUAAAUAUAUCGAGAAUCCAGAAAGUGUCUGGCAGCUAAAAACAAUUAAUCAAAUUAGUGGUACAAUUAAACAAUUAUUUUGGGGAUCCAUAAAUUCUGUUGUUCCAUUAUUAUCCGUAAAUUGUAUUACUAAAGUUUAUAUUUUAAAAGAACAAACUUUAAAUACAUGUUAUACGGAGAAUAUUUGGGCGACCCAAAUUAAUGCUUCGUCCGUAAUUUUAAGUACAGAUACGGAAAAUGUUACACUAAAAUCAGAGAUCCAAAUUACAUGUAUGGCAGUAUCAAAAGAUUAUAUUGCUAUUUCAAAUGGAAAAAUUGUUACUGUUUAUGAAAUUAUUUGGUCUGAAACCACUGGUGCCUACGAAGAAGCUUAUAAAUCGUUUCAUACAAAAUUAUUGCAAUCAUUUUUAUGCGAAAAUGAAAUAUUAUACAUUUAUGAAAAGAAAAUUAUUGUUCUAACAACUUUUGGAAUCCAAAUCCGUAUGUUAAAUGGAAUCCCUUCCACCACAAUCCAAACAAUCAGCGAAGAAGGUGAACCAAUUGGAAUCGAUUUAAAUAAUUCAUUCUUAACGAUUUACACAAUCAACGGAUACGUUAAAUUAAUCGAUUUAAGUAAAUCGUCCACCGAUAUUAAAUCAAUAUCGAAAAAUGUUUAUGAAAUGUGUCCCGAUUUUGGUGAAAUUAUUUGGGCGAAAUCUAAUUCAAAUGGUACAAAAAUUGCAUUCACUGUAGCAAACGCAAAUUUAAUACCUGAUCAAAAAGUAUACUUUUUGGAUGUGGAAAAUGAUACUUUAAAAGUAUUUGAACACUUUUGUAAUGAGCAGAAAGAUGAUGACGAUAAUGAUGUUAAGGAAAAACUUGAUGAAGAAAAAAUACAAGCAAACGGUUUAAAUAAUCAUUUGGAAAAUAAAAAAGCAUGCGCAAAUCGCUUACCAGUGAAAUUUUUUUGGGAUACACAAGAUGAACGAUUAUUUAUUUGUAGUGCAAAGAAAUUACGUAAUAAGAAUCAGCAAAAUAAUUCAGAGGCUGAUUUUUAUACAAAAACAAAUAGUUUAUUUUUUUCUGAUAUUAAAGAAAUUCCUUUACAUCCAGAAAAUCCGUUAGUAAUUACAGAUCAAAUUAUUGUAAGUUUGUUUAUCACAGACAAUCAUGAAAUUAUUUUGAAGGAAGUGCAAGAACUGUAUUCUGAUGCACAAUUAAUUGGUUUAUGUUGCCCGCACAUUGUAACGCUUGAAAAUAGUGUAAUUAAACGAUUAUUGUUAUCCGAUUUUCAAGGAAUGGAAAAAUAUGAUACAUCACUGAAGAAAGCUUUACUUGAUUUCAGCUAUUAUUUAAGCUUAGGAAAUAUGGAUGCAGCAAUUCAGGCAAUACGUCUUUUACCUAAUGGUAGUAAUGCUUGGAGGAAUUUAGCAAAAGUUUGUGUAAAAACUAAACGUGUAGAUGUUGCUAGAAUAUGUUUAGGUCACGUUGGUGCCGCCAGAGAAGCACGUGCUCUACGUUGUGCAAUGGAAGAUCCAACUUUAGAACCCGACGCCGUAGUUGCCGUUUUGGCUGUACAACUAGAAAUGCUUGAUGAAGCCGAACAAUUAUACAAGCAGUGCAAACGGUAUGAUUUAUUAAACAAAUUGUACCAAGGCCGUAAUAAAUUUUCGCAAGCAUCAUCAAUUGCACAAAAAUAUGACCGUAUUCAUAUUCGAUCAACUGCUUAUGCUUGGGCAAAAUCUGCAGAACAAGCAAAUGAUAUACCUAGUGCAAUAUUACACUAUGAAGAAUCAGGUACACAUCGUGAUAAUGUACCUCGAUUACUUCUGGAUAAACCAAAAGAAUUGGAGGAAUAUAUAAAGAAAAGCAAUGAUAAAGAAUUAAUGAAAUGGUGGGGACAGUACUUGGAAUCAAUCGGUGAUAUGGUACAAGCUUUGCACGCCUAUGAAGCAGCUGGUGAUUGUUUUUCUCAAGUUAGUGUGUUAUGUUUCUCUCAACAAGAAACUCGAGCUGCAAAAUUAGCACGUAGUUCGGGUGAUAAAGCAGCUGCUUAUCAUAUGGCACGAUAUUAUGAAACUAAUGAAGAUAUUGAAAACGCUGUUGCAUUUUUUAUUAAAGCUCAAGCUUAUGCCAAUGCUGUUCGAUUAUGCAAAGAGCAUAACAUGAUCGAUGAACUAUGGAAUAUCGCAUCACUAGCUACAAAACGGGAUAAAAUGGAAUGUGCAAGAUAUUAUGAAAAUAUGGGUGAUAUUGAUAAAGCUAUUAUUCUUUAUCAUCGUUCUGGCAUGAUUCAUAAAGCAUUAGAUUUAGCAUUUAAAACUAAAAAAUACGAUACACUACAAGUAAUUGCUACAGAUUUAGAUACAAAUUCGGAUCCAGCUUUAGUUCAAAAAUGUGCAAAUUACUUUGUAGAAAAUGAACAUUACGAAAAAGCUGUGGAUUUGUUAGCUAUUGGAAAACAGUAUUUGGAAGCUUUGGAUAUUUGUCUGCAACAUAAUGUACAAGUAACGGAAGUAUUGGCUGAACGACUUACACCCGAAAAAGAUGAAAUGGAUGAACAAACUCGUAUAUCAGUAUUAGAGAAAUUAGCUGAAAGUUUACAAAUGCAAGGCAAUUAUCAUUUAGCAACAAAAAAAUUUACACAAGCUGGCAACAAAAUACGUGCAAUGAAAGCCUUAUUAAAAUCUGGUGAUACAGAAAAAAUAUUAUUCUUCACAAAUGUCUCUCGACAAAAAGAGAUUUAUAUAAUGGCCGCUAAUUAUUUACAAUCAUUAGACUGGCAAAAUCAACCAAAUAUAUUACGUAAUAUUAUAAAUUUUUAUUCAAAAGGUCGUGCAUUAGAUUUAUUGGCGAAUUUUUAUGUUGCUUGUGCCCAGGUUGAAAUUGAUGAGUUUCAAAAUUACGAAAAAGCUUUAGGUGCAUUAACUGAAGCUAGUCGAGCUUUAAGUAAAGUAACAGCACCCCAAGAUCCGGGAAGACAUAGACGAGCUAAUGAUAUUGUAAAUGCUCAAAUGACUGCAAUUAAACGAUUUGUUGACUGUCGGCGAUUAUUUGAAAGAGGUGAUAUUGCUGGAGGUAUGAGUCAAUGUCGACAAUUAAUAAGCUCUGGUGAUUCAAACAUCGAAAAAUAUGUCCGUAAAGGUGAUAUCUAUGCUGUAAUGAUUCAACACAGCUUAAAUGCAGGUGAUACCGCAGAAGUUAAACAAUUACUUGUUGAAAUGAAACAAUAUCUAGCAACAACAAAUGUUAGCCUAACAUAUUAUUUAAGCAGUGAUGUUAUACAAUUACUAGCUAAAACUUUAGGAAUACCUUUAAGUUCAUUAUUACCACAAAAAAAUGUUAGUGAAAAUUCACCUGAAGAAAAUGAACAAGAAAUACAAGAAGAAGUAGAUGAUGCUUAAAAUGAUUCAAAUCGUGGUAAUCAACAUCAGACCACGACCACAACAGUUCCAACGGAUUUGAGAGUAAAUCCAACUGCGUUAAAUGCAGUUGC